CGGCCACAGAGGCACAGAGCUCGCUGCCUCGCACUCGGAGCAGAGCUGUGGAGCGGAGAGGCUGCCCCAUGCCGCCGGCCUUCACUGGGAUUUAUAACGCCUUCUGACGCGCCUGUCGCUUCUGGAGCUCGGACUAAAAAAAAAAAAAAAAGAAAAGAAAAUAAAGGACACGACACGAUGCUUCUCUCGGGGUUUCCGACGGUGGCGAUGCUGAUGGCGGCUCUGCAGGUCUCUGUUGUGCUCGGAGAGUCCAACAGCGCUCCGCCAGACACGUGUAAGAGAGGAUUCACACAAGACGAGUACGUCGCAGAGGUGGACAGACAAGUGCAGAGCCGCCAGGCACUGUGUAACGUGACCUUCUCGGACUGCGGAUCUGGCCGGGUGUACCUGGAGUCGGGAUACAGCCCAGACUUCCGGGUGAACCAGAAGGGAGUUGUGUUCGCUCUACGGCGCCUCAACAUGGACGGGCUGACCAAACACACGCUGGUGAUUUACGCCAGAGACAGGGAGUCCCAGCAGGCGUGGAAAACUAGGGUGCACUUCAAGAGCGGCGCCCAUGGAGACAAGCCAGCACCCACAAAGGUGAAUGCAGGUGCUCCGGUCCUGACUCAGCAGCAGCAGCAGCAGCAGCAGCGGUCUGUGCCGGAGGUGCUGUUUCCUUGGCGAAGCGUGGUUGCCGGGGGUGACGGGGCGCUCAGGCGGGUCAAGAGGGACUGGGUCAUCCCCCCCAUCAAUGUGCCCGAAAACUCCAGAGGGCAGUUCCCAGAGGACCUCGUCAGGAUCCGCUCAGACCGAGAUAAGAACCGCUUGUUGCGCUACAGUGUGACAGGACCCGGAGCAGACCAGCCGCCCACAGGGAUCUUCAUCAUCAACCCCAUCUCUGGACAACUGUCUGUGACCAAGCCGCUGGACAGAGAGCACAUCUCCAACUUCCACUUGCGGGCCCAUGCUGUAGAUCUGAACGGAAACCAAGUGGAAAACCCAAUCGACAUCGUCAUCAACGUCAUCGACCAAAACGACAACAGGCCCGAGUUCACUCACAACAUCUUUAACGGCUCUGUCCCCGAGGGCUCCAAACCCGGUUCGUUUGUGAUGACAGUGACCGCGGUGGAUAAAGACGACCCUAAAAUGGCCAACGGGAUGCUCCGGUACAAGAUCCUGUCCCAGAAUCCUCCGAGUCCCUCCUCCAACAUGUUCACCAUCAACAACCGCACGGGAGACAUCAUCACUGUGGCUGCCGGCCUGGACAGAGAGAAAGUGACCCAGUACACGCUGAUCAUCCAGGCCACGGACAUGGAGGGAAACCCCACCUACGGCCUCUCCAACACAGCGACGACAGUCAUAAGGAUCACCGACGUCAACGACAACCCUCCAGAGUUCACCACAGACACGUUCUUCGGGGAGGUACAUGAGAACCUCGUGAACGUGAUCGUGGCGAACCUGACCGUCACAGAUAAGGACCAGCCUCACACGGGGGCCUGGAGCGCAGUGUACCGCAUCAUCGCCGGAGACCCCACCGGACGCUUCUCCAUCCCCACGGACCCCACCACCAACGAGGGCCUGCUCACCGUGGUCAAGCCCAUAGACUUUGAGCUGUCACGCGCCUUCAUGCUGACCGUGGAGGCGGAGAAUGAGAUGGCUCUGGCUCGUGGUAUCCUCCUGCCUCGCCAGUCCACGGCCACGGUCUCUGUGCGUAUCGUGGACCUGAACGAGCCCCCCGAGUUCAGCCCCAACCCCAAGUCCAUCAAACUGGACGAUGGUCUCCCUGCAGGCUCCCAGCUCACCAGCUUCACCGCCCAGGACCCCGACCGCUACAUGAGGCAGAACGUCAGGUACUCAAAGCUGUUCGACCCGGCUGGAUGGCUGGAGAUAGACCCGGUGAAUGGGCGGAUCUCCACCAUCGCCGUGCUGGACCGGGAGUCGCACUACGUCAAGAACAGUCUCUACAAUGUCACUUUCAUGGCCUCGGACAAUGGCAGCCCUCCGGCCAGCGGCACCGGGACACUGCAGAUUUACCUCGUGGACAUAAACGAUAACGCUCCUCACGUGUUUCCUCCUGAAGUGGAGAUGUGUGAGCGCCCGGACCCCAGCGGCAUCAACAUCACGGCCAUAGACCCCGACCUCAACCCCAACGCCGGGCCCUUCGCCUUCGAGCUCGCCAACCGCCCCAUCGAUGUGCGCCGAAACUGGACUCUCGCCAGACUCAACGGAGAGCAUGCCCAGUUACGUCUGCGGAUCGGCUCCCUCGCCAGCGGGAUCUACCAGGUUCCCAUCAUCAUCACGGACUCUGGAAACCUGCCCAUGUCCAACACGUCCUACCUGCGGGUGAAGGUGUGCCAGUGCGAUCACCAUGGCGACUGCGUGGACAUGGAGAGGAUCAUCGCCGCGGGGCUGGGGACCGGCGCCAUCAUCGCCAUCCUCAUCUGCAUCAUCAUUCUGCUGGUGCUGGUGCUGGUCUUCGUCAUGUGGAUGAAGAGGCGAGACAAGGAGAGGCAGGCCAAGCAGCUCCUGAUCGACCCCGAAGACGACGUGAGGGAUAAUAUACUGAAGUACGACGAAGAGGGCGGCGGAGAGGAGGACCAGGACUACGACCUGAGCCAGCUGCAGCAGCCGGACGCUCUGGAGCCGGACUGCGUGAAGGUGGGGAUCAGACGACUGGACGAGAGGCCCCUGCACCACGACCACCAGUACCCCAUGCGCUCGGCGGCCCCCCACCCCGGGGACAUCGGAGACUUCAUACACGAGGGCCUGAAGGCAGCAGACAACGACCCCACAGCGCCCCCUUACGACUCCCUGCUGGUGUUCGACUACGAGGGCAGCGGCUCCACGGCGGGCUCCCUCAGCUCCCUGCACUCCGGCUCCAGCUGCGGAGACCAGGACUAUGACUACCUCGGAGACUGGGGCCCGCGCUUUCGCAAACUAGCCGAUCUCUACGGAGGCGGGGACGAUUAGACCACGCCCUCCCCCCCCCCCGCCGUCGAACCGCCCGACUACCCUGUCACACUAUUGGUUGCGGGGAUGAGAAGGGGCGGAGCUUCGUUUUGGGGACUAUCUAAUGUUAUAAAGUGGAAGAAGAGGCGUGUUUUUGUAUGGACCACAAGACUUGAAAUGAGGGGACGAUGACACCACGCCCCCUACUGUCGGACCGGCUAACUUACCCCAUUGUCCCAUCUGCUAACGGGGCAGUGCUUACAUUGGGGUACCACUAUAAUUGUUUCGAGGGCAUAUCGUGGAAGAAGAGGUGCUCCCUGGACCUGGCUGCCUCUUGAGAACUUGCUAUGCUAACACCCGGGCUCGCGUUCAACAGCCAGGGCUAGUAUUCUCCAGACUCGAAUGAAUGACGUACGUUAGCCGCGAGCUAACUUUGAGAAACAGGACAGUGCACUGAGUUUGGAUAUUUUUGGAUAUUACGGAAGGGAAGAAGCCAGUGGUGGUUGGGAAACGUUAGCGAAUUAGCCUUAAGAGGUGACUGUCGCUAAAAACCCUCGUGCGAAGAAUUGCUAACAAGCUAAGCUAACUUGCUAAACAAAAAACAGGACUAGGACUAGAAAUAGGGUGACCAGACUUUGCUAUUUCCCCCAAACCGUCCCAGUUUUGAGCCCUAUGUCCCGUGUCCCAGCUGAUUUUUUCCAAAACCAGUGAUUUGUCCCAGUUUUAUACAAGAAAUGUCCCAAGUUUUUGACCAAUCUGAUCCCUGCCAACAGUAAAGAGAAACAUAAAGUGUCAUUUGUUUGCGUAAAAUACAGAAAAGUUGCUUAAAAAUGACCAAAACACAAAGAAAAUACU